AUGAGUUUUCAUUUCAUGAAAAGUACACACCCACAGUGUUAUAAAUUCUCUAGCAGAAGGCUCGAGCCUCGGGAGCAGUCCAGUCUGGAGAAGGAAGCAGACUACGACAUGGGUUUGUUAAUGAUACUUGGAGGUGUAGCAGGUGCAGGCGGAGCAAUUGCUGCCGCCCCAUUUGUUCUCGGGGCUGUGGGUUUCACCGCAGCAGGAGUUACUGUGGGUUCUUAUGCCGCCAGUAUGAUGUCAGCUGCAGCUGUAGCUAACGGAGGAGGGAUCGCAGCUGGAUCUCUGGUAGCAGCUCUUCAGGCAGCAGGUGCUGCUGGUAUCCCUUUAGCAGCUCAGGCUGCUGUUGGUGCGGUGGGCGGUGCGGUGGGCGGUACUGUGGCUACAGCAGCUGCGAUACUGAUUUGAAGUAUCAAAACCGAAAGCGCACUGAAGACCUGCAUAUGAACCCCUAGUUUUCCUACAUAACCAUGUAUAGCGCCUCCUAUCUUUCUGAUGUGGAAUUUUAUCCAGGUUCAAUAACUAUAUGCCUGUGUUGUAUUAAGGCCCUAUCUGACUAUGCUACACUUGCAUAAAUAAAGAUAUAAUAAAUAAAUGUA